AUAGCAGUCCCCCGAGGGGCCAAGGAGGGGACCGCCCAGCUUGGACGGAUGGGGACCUCACAGAGUCCGCCCCAGCCCUCCUGCCCCACUGGGGCCCGUGUGCCGUGCUCUGUGUCUGCACCCCGAAGUGACACCUGCUUUUCUCCUCCAGGGGCUUCCAGAGCUCAGAGUGGAGGCCUAGGUCCGAGGCAGGAGCCUCUAAGGUCCCAGAGCAGGGGAGGUGCAGGUUCAGCCUGACACAAACGCCAUGCCCCUGGGUCAGAGGGGUGAGCUCUGGAAGCUGGAGGAAGACCCCGGCCCGGCCCAGGGCCUGAUGGAGGCACAGCUGUCGGGGGCUGGGGAGGAGGAGGUCCCCCGCGCCCCCUCCUCCUUCUCCGCUUCGGCCUCCUCCCAGUCCGCGGCCACAUCUGGCUCCUGCUCUGCUCUGUUUCUGGUCCCCUCGGAGGAGGGGUCUGCUGCUGGGUUCCAGAGUCGUCCCCAGAGCUCUCUGAGUGCCUGCCCCUCCCCCACUGCCCAGGCAGCCACUGCCUGCAGCCAGCCUGACCAGGGCUCCAGCAGCUCCGAUGAGGAGGGGACGAGCCCCUGCGAGGAGCCCGAAGAACCCCAGCCGGGGCUCCAAAACCUACUCCAGGGGAAGCUGGCCGACCUGGUGGAGUUCCUGCUCCUCAAGUAUCACACCAAGGAGCCGACCAGCCAGGCAGAGAUGCUGGAGAUCGUCGGCAAGGAUGCCCAGGAUGCCUUCCCUGUGAUCUUGGGCCAGGCCUCUGAGUGCAUGCAGCUGGUCUUUGGUAUGGAUGUGAAGGAAGUGGACCCCAGCGACCACUCCUACGUCCUGGUCCCCGUCCUGGGCCUCACCUACGAUGGGAUGCUGAGCGGUGAGGAGGGAGUGCCCAAGACCGGCCUCCUGGUGGUGCUCCUGGGGGUGAUCCUCCUGCAUGGCGACCAUGCCCCCGAGGAGGAGGUGUGGGAAACGCUGGGGGUCAUGGGGGUGUAUGCCGGCCAGGAGCACGUCAUCUACGGGGAGCCCAGGGAGCUCCUCACCAAGGUCUGGGUGCAGGAAGGGUACGUGGAGUACCGGCAGGUGCCCGGCAGCGACCCUGCCCGCUACGAGUUCCUGUGGGGUCCCAGGGCCCACGCCGAAACCAGCAAGUUGCAAAUGCUGGAGUAUUUGCUCCGGGUCAGGUGCGGGCAGCCGGCUUCCUCCCUGGCCCUGUCUGAAGAGGCUGUGAGAGAUGAGGAAGAGGGGGCCUGAGCCCCGGGGUCCACCAGGCCCUUUCCAGGCUUUGCUGGGUUCGGCAGCCUCUCCCGCGGGGUGCUGGGCAUGAAGUGAGGCCGCUUGCUGGUUCUUCCCUGUGUGUGUGUUUGUGUGUGCGCGUCAAGUCAGAGCCCUGGGCGUUUUAAGGAGUGCAGGGCCAGGGAGGGUU